CAUAACUUUUGAAGGACCUGAAAUUGUGCCCUUGAGGGUUUAAGCGAAACUGAAACAUGAAGAAGAGGGCCAGGGCAGUUUCAGACGAAAGUCCGAUCAGGACUAUCGCUUGUCUAAAAAAAAUCGACGACAUCAAACAUUUCGAGGAAACUGAUGAUUGUUUCAUCCUAGGAUUCGAUCCUACCGAAUCUACUCCCAACAAAGACGAUAAUGUUUCCUCUAAACUUCUCAUUAAAGACGCUGAUGAUGAUAUCUGUGUUCUUGCUGAAAAGGGCCAGAUGCUUGGUUUUGGACCAGGAAAAAUCGAAGUGUGUCACUGGUUUUACGAGAAUCAGAGAGUGUUGGAACCAUGGGCCGCCCACCGUUAAUAUCCACGCACCAAGCCCAAAAAGAGUGUUGGGCGUGAGAGAGUGUAUUAGGAAGAUCCUAAAGUCCCAUAUUGGUUGGAGAUAGAGCAUUGAAAAAGUAUAUAUAGAAGAACACUUCUCAUCUUACCAACCGAUUUUGUUAGCUCAAACUCUAAUACUAUCAAGUUAUUGUCAGAAAUGUUAUCCACUAUUAUCUAGAAAUAAGUUAAUGUGUUAUCUAUCCACUGCUAUGCUAUCUUGAAAUAAGUUAGAGUGUUAUCUAUCCACUGCUAU